CUUUAGUACAAACCUGGCACUUAUAAACCAGUAACACAAACUGGAAAACAGAACGGUGACAACUCUACCGUGGCGAAGACCAUGGCGGGGCACGGAGGAGUGUCGCCCUUUGUGAAGAUUUUUUACAUAGCUCUUAAUGUAUUCUCCGCGUGUGCGAUUGUGUUCGCCAACAAAAUAGUCUUCAAGACGUUUCGGUUUCAUUUCGUGACGACGUUAACGCUGGUCCACACGUUGUUUACAUGGGUUGGGAUGCUGCUGUUGGCGCGCAUAAAUUUCUUCACAGUAAAGCAGCUUAGCCCGCUGGCGGUUGCUCCACUUGCCAUCGGCUAUGUGGGAUACAUUAUAUUAAACAACUUGUCGCUGAACCUAAACACGGUCGGCUUCUAUCAAAUCCUCAAGAUUGCCAUCGCGCCAACCGUCAUGUUGCUGGACUUCAUUCUGUUUAAAAAGGUCCAGACGGUCCGCGUCAUGAUGUCCGUCUUCGUGGUGUGCCUGGGCGUCACAGCGGCCACUGUCACGGAUAAAGUAGCCGUGUCCAACCUGACGGGCAUGUUUGUGGGCCUUGCGUCCGUGGUCGUCACCGCGAUGUACCAAAUCUGGGCCGGUUCAAAGCAGAAGGAGCUGCAGGCGAACAGCUCCCAGCUGCUGCUCGCUUACACACCACAGGCUAUCCUGAUGCUCCUGUUUAUGUCGCCCUUGCUUGACGACUAUGGCUUCUCCCACCGCACCCCGGCAACGGUAUUGGGCUAUGAGUACACGCGGCAAGCAAUCCUGGCUAUCGUGAUAUCAUCGCUGCUGGGCAUCCUGGUCAGUUUGUCAACUUUCCUUGUCAUUGGCGCGACGUCGAGUCUCACCUAUAAUGUCGUGGGGCACUUGAAAACGAUUUUGAUUCUUGCUGGCGGCUGCCUCAUCUUCGGGGAGGACAUGCCCUGGAAGCGGCUUGCGGGCAUCGGGCUGACAAUGCUGGGCAUUGCCUGGUACACCUACCUGAGCGUGCAGUCCAGCAACGCAGCGGAGCGGGGCCGCGUCAAGGGCCAUGAAGCCCCGUCCGCGAGCCAUGGGAUCCAUGGGAGCCAUGAGCGGGAGCACGAGCCGCUGCUGCCCUCCAAGGAAGGAGACGGCUCGGUGGCUUAAGAGGUCAGGGGCGGGAUGUAUGGGCUGCACAAUGAGCGGUCUCGUACAAGAAUGGGAGCGUGGGGGCUGGGUUGUCUUGCAGUGGGGUGUUGGGUGGUUGGAGCAAGGGUAGGUGGCGGCAGUACCGCCUGAUCGAAUUGUGUGAAUGUUUUCGGGAGGUAGUUGCGAAUGCCCUAGUGCUCUGCUGUAGCUGGGUUUUGCCACAUGCCGAGCGUUGGCUGACAGCUUUGCCUGGCAUUUGUGAGCCGGUGUGGAAAAGGCGCAGGUUGGCUGCCUUGCGCGCUCCAUUCAUGGACUAGCGCCCUGCAUGUGAGUUGCAUGGGGUGCAAGAAGGGAAAAGAAGUAGCUUGAGUCCAGCAGGGGAAACAGGGGCUGCGAAAAGGACUGCGGCAAGACACUGGCAAUCUAACAAAACUCGACUUCUUAACGAAGUUGCAUUGAUGCAUUGAUGCAUGUACAUAGCUAUGAAUUGUGCCUUCUCUAGGCUAUGUUUGUGUGUGGCUGCAUUGCUGUCUGCUUGUCUCGUUUUAUCGCCUGGGAGUUGUGGCAAGGUCGGUGUUUUGUCUACUCGGCCUCUCAGUAUUGCGCUUGCCAGUGCAGCGCUGCCCUCUCACAUGCGGAGGCUGUGGAAAGAAACCUUUGGCAGGUGUGGUUUGCUGCUGUCGUGUGCAGAAACGUGAGCAUGCUAGAUGGUGUUUGAUGCGCCCUAACAUGGACGUGACAUGGCAACAAGGGUACGCUUGACCAGCUAAGACAACCUAUGUUGGACAUCUUGUAUGCCAGCUAUAUGAUGGAAUCCUGACGGCGUGCGGUAGAUAAUGGUCCAGCGGGCAUUUUACGAGCCAUGGGGGGAAUAUUUGUGCUUUGGUUUACAUGGUUUGUGCGAGACUGUUUUUAGCGGUGGUGGCCUGUGACUUGGGACCCCACGGAUGCUAAAACGACUGAGCCGCAAGUGGAUAGCUUGUACCAAUGGCUUGAUCAUUCGCUUGCGGCUUUGCUAGCAAGGCUUUUCAGCUUGGCCUUGGCGACAUUUAGAGAGCUGGAUGUGGGCGUUGUGGAGGCUGUGGCGUCCUGGGCGCUAGGAAUACAAUCGACAUGGGAGCGAACGUUGUUAUAGGAGGACAUCCUGCUACUAGAAAUGAAAGCAUGCCUCAAGACUCAAGUCGUAAUGUUAAGC